UGAGCGCCGCUGAUGCUUAGCAACCUGAAGCAAGAAAUGCAGAAAACAGCUUGUUUGUAUAAACUAUUGAACUAUGUAAACUAUCAUGAUAAAAGCACCAUUAGCUAUUUUUUGUGUGCAGCAUUGAUAAAUUAAUGAAAUGGAUGACCCACGUAUAGAAUGGAUAAGAGAUCGUGUAUACACAGGAUUAGACAUAAUUGAUAGAGAGGUGUUUGAAGAACUUUUAGAACGCGAUGAUGGUGAAUGGGAGCGUAGAAUAGGAAAAUAUCUUAAUGAUACUCCAGUCGAAGGUGAAACAUCAAUUUUGUUUUACAAAAUAGUUAGGGAAGAAGAAGAAGAAAUUGAAGUUGAAUGUGAGCCAGAGAUUCCUGACAUCAAGGCAGAUGAGGAAGGUUUAGAAGGCAGUGAAGCUGAUGAAGAUGCUGAAGAUGAAGUACAAGCUCUACCAACUUCUGAGGCUGAUGGGGAUGGAGAAGAAUCAACUACUUCAGAUAAGAAAAAUAAAACUAAAAAAAAAGCAGUUAAAGAAAGAGAAGAAAAAGCUUCAACACUAGGAGGUGAAAAUGUUCCAUCUCAAGAACAAACAGCUGAAAUUAAUACAGGGUCUGAAACACCAAAAGAAGGUGAUUCUGAAGGCAAUGAGGAAGUUCCUGUACAAAGCACCCCAAAAACUAAAAUAAUCAUUCAAAAAGUGUGGAGGACUUACCUGUAUAUGUGCUAUGAACACCUGCCUGAAGAAAGUGCUGACAGUGAUUGCAUUUAUUUCCUUCGCAAUACAAAUGGCAUGGUUCCUCUACCUGCCAGCAUUACAGAAGCUGACGAGACUCUUCCUUCCUAUUUUGAAUAUGGUGUAUUAAAUGGACAUUCACUCUUAAUGUUGGAGCAAAUCAUAACACUGGUCUAUAUGCCAUUGCUGUCCCACAACCAGCACAGAUCUAGUGGAGGGGAAAAUCUCAAGUCUCAGUCUCGCUCAGUUAGUCGAGUAGACACCAAUGUUUCACUUAGCAAAGAGGAUGUAAAUAAACAAGUGGAUGUUGUGGAAGUGGAAUCCAAAUCUAAAGCUCUUCUCAGGGAUGAAUUUGUAAUCAACAUGCAGAAAUUUGCUUCUGCAAUCACAAGAACAUUGCAACAAAUUGAAGGGGAGGUUCGUCUUGAUGUUCCUGAAAUAGAUAUUCCAGAUAAUUUAGAUGAAGCCUUGAAAAAUGAAAGUAUAUUAGAAUUCAUUCAUGAAAAAUGUUUAGAUUGGCAAAAACAAAUACAGUCAGCACUGGAAAAUUUACAACAUAGACAACGUCAAGGUAAUGGGCCUUUGGCUGAAAUAGAUUACUGGAGAGAAAGAAAUGCAGCACUGAGUGCGCUUACUGAACAGCUCAAAAUACCUAAGGUGGCUCGUAUGAUUGAAAUUCAUAUUGCAGCUGAUGGAGACUUUGAAGAGACACAGUCAGAAUUGAACAAAUAUUAUGUGGAAGCUAAAGAUAAUGUCAGGUUUUUGUCAACCCUGGAAAGACAUUUUAAAAAUAUUACUUAUGGUACUUCCUUCCAGGUUGUCAAGGAAACCAUUCCUUCCAUGAUGAAUGCAUUAAGAAUGGUGUGGAUCAUCUCUAGACACUACAACAAAGAUGACAGGAUGGUUCCUCUCAUGGAAAGAAUAGCUUGGGAACUGGCUGAUAGAGUUUCCAAAGUCAUUAAUGUCCAAGAACUCUUCCAUUUGCCCACUGAAGAAGUCAAACAAAAAACAUCUGAUGCAUCUGAAAUGCUUAGCUCUUGGAAAACAGUUUACCUUGAAGUUAGACAGAAAAUUGAAAUUUCAGGAAGAGAUCAACGAUGGGAAUUUGAUAAAAAAAAGCUGUUUGAAAAAACUGAUCAUAUGAAGACCAUUUGUGAAGAUCUUAAAAGGAUUGCAGAGGUUUUGGAAGAGUUUUACAACAUAUUUGGCCCUGAAUUGAAAGCUGUAACAGGUGACCCAGGGCGUAUAGAAGAAGUUUUGCUCAGAGUUGACAAAUUGGUAGAACCAUUUGAACAUAUGGCAUUUGAUCCUUUUAGUUUGAAAGAUUCUGUACAAUGGGAAAGACUGAUUAAAAACUUUGAUCAAGAAGUAGUAGAAAUAGAAAAUGAGGCCAAAAGUUUUAUUGAUGAAUCUUUUCAGUCUCUUAGAUCAGCUGAAGGUGCUUUUGACAUGCUUCUCAACUUUAGGCACCUCAGAUCAAGAGAAGCAAUUAAUAAUCAGAUGAUGCAAAAGUUCAAGGACAUUUUAGUGCAAUAUGGAAAAGAGGUCGAUACAAUGGAUCAACUAUUUACAGAGUAUAAAGAAGGUCCACCUGUCAACAAAAACUAUCCCCCUUGUGCUGGAUCAAUCUAUUGGACCAGGUCAUUAUUCCAUCGUAUAAAACAUACUGUCAUUAGGUUUCAGACUCUGGAGGAAAUGAUUUCCACUGACAUGGGAAAAUCAAUGAGAGCCAAGUAUCUUUCAGUAGCUAGAAACAUGAGAGCUUUUGAAGAUGGUAGCUAUGAACAUUGGAAGGAAAACGUAGAAGCCACAUUACCAGGACUUCUCAAACGCAAUCUUCUGGCAAAGCGUUCCCAUCAAGCAUCACUCCAUGUGAACAGUUCUGUGUCUCCAUCUGGGGAUAAAAGUGAUGACAGACAUUCAGUAGGAGAAAUUCAAGGGAUAAUGAAAGAUAAAAAUGCACCAACUGAAAUGGCUUUACAAUUAAUGAACACUGAACCAAAAUAUGUGGUGGACUUUGAUGUCAGGCUUGCAGAAAUCAUAGCAGAAACCAAAUACAUUGAAUCACUUGGAUUUACUGUUCCAGAACUAGCCAGGAAUGUGGCUUUGCAGGAAGAAAAAUAUAUCCGUUAUGUUGAUGGCCUGUCUAGGAUGUUGUUUCGCUACCAUGCAUUGCUAGCAUCUCUUGAUUUUGCUGAGGCUUCACUUUUAGAAGACCACCAAAAAGAUUUAAGACGUAUGCUAAGACCAGGUGCUAAACGUAUCAACUGGAACUCUUUGGGUAUAAAUGACUACAUUGCAAAAUGUGAAUCAGCUAUUGGCAAGUUUGAGUCAUUGGUCAACCAGAUUCAGAAAAAUGGUCGGGACAUUAAGCAAAGACUGAGUAUGAUUGAACAUGCAGAUCUUUUUAAAACACCAAAACCCAAAUUUCCUGGCCACUUGCCUUCAUGCAAGGAGUAUUUUGAAUAUGUUGAACAAGAGAGAGUCAAAGAUAUGGAAAUUAUGGCAAGGAAGUAUCGAGCCAUUGGUCCUCUACUUACAAAGAUGGAAGGUUUAGUUGUUCACACUAACACUGGACGCUCUCCAAAAAUGGCUCGUUAUUAUGCUUUCUGGGAGAGGAGAGUUUAUGAAGCCUUGAUGAAGAUGAUUAUCAACAAUCUAGUCAAAUUUAGUAUGGACAUUAAAACCAGCUCUCCCUUGUUUGAAGUUGAGAGCCUCCUGGCCCCACCAGAUGUUGUACUCCACCCACAGGCAAAUGAAGUUUACAAACUUACAUUGCAAUGUGUCAGGGACUGUGUAGAAGGGUCCAAACUGUUUGUACGAUGGUUGAAUGGCAGUUGCCUUGAGUGUUCCCCACAGAAAGUAGAAGGAGAAGAUGAGCUGUUUGUUUUCAGUUUUUUCACAGACCUGGCUAUGAAUCAAGAAAUAAUUGAAUUGAUUCAGAAAGUUCAAAAUGACAUGAAGGGAACCCUGACAGACCUUCGCAGAUAUCUAACAAAGUGGAAAAAAUACAAAAAUGUCUGGAAAGUGGAUAAGCAAGCUACGGCUGAUAAAUGGCUACAGAAAAACCCAAGUCCAGUGGAGUUAGAUGACCGUCUUCAGUAUUAUCACAAAACUAUUGAAGAGAUCAAUGCUAUGAGUGACUUUAGAGAUCAAGAUUGCAUUAGGCUAAAGAUGACACAUCUCUCAAGCUCAGUCAAGGAGCAUGCUAAGGAAUGGAUCAAAACAUUAGGAAGAUUGCUCCAGGAAUCUGCUAAAAAUCUGUUGACCAAUCUUCACAAAACUCUUGAUGACAAGUCAGAUGACCUUGAACAGACUCCAUCUACUUUAGAUGAUCUCAAAUCAGUUUUGUCCACAAUAUCAGAUAUCAAGUCCAUGUCAUUAGAUGUUUUAAACACAAUUAGUGAUAUCCAGGAGAGAUACAGAACUCUAGCAAUGUACAACAUUCCUGUUGAUGCCAAAGAUAAAGAACUGCAGGCACAACUACCUCAAAUGUGGGAUGACUUGGUAUUGAAAUCUAAAAAUAUAGAUGCCAGUCUUGUCAAAGUCAAGAGAAAGUUUACAGAAAUCACACAAGAUCAAAUUUCUGAAUUUAAAAAAGCAUUGACAGAUUUUUCUGAUAGAUUUCUUUUAGAAGGUCCUGGAGCUGUUGGGGAAGACUUAGAUAAAGGUGUUGAACUUAUGAAAAUGUUCAAAGAAGAAAUUCAUGAACUGGAAUCUAGUAAACAAGAACUGACCAAUGCUGAAAAACUGUUUGAACUUCCAAUCACAAUGUACCAAGAGCUAAUGAAAGUUCAAAAAGAAAUGUCUGGUUUGGAGAGUAUUUAUCAAAUAUAUAAUGAGCAAAAGAUUGCUAGAGAGCAGUGGUCAGAGACUUUAUGGGCCAAUCUCAAUGUACAAAUUCUACAAGAUGGCAUAGAAAAGUUCUUAAAAGACUUAAGAAAACUGCCUCGUGAGGUUAGACAAAUGGCAGUGGCACGGUGUUUGGAAGACAAAAUGAAAGAGUUUCGUGAUUCUCUCCCCUUGUUUGGUGACUUGAAACAUGAAGCACUGCGAGACAGACAUUGGAAAGAGCUGAUGGUCAAGACUGGCCAGAAGUUUGAAAUGAAUCCAGAUACUUUCACCUUAGCCAACAUUUUUGCCAUGGAGCUUCAUCGUUAUAGAGAUACCAUUGCUGAGAUAGUCACUUGUGCCUCCAAAGAAAUGGGCAUUGAAAAGGGAGUGCGUGAAGUUGAAGAGACCUGGAACAACAUGAAGUUUACUGUCCAAGCCUACAUGAAAGGGACAUCCAACAGAGGUUUUAUUCUGGGAUCAGUGGAGGAAGUUUUACAAAGUUUGGAUGAUUCUUCUAUGAAUUUACAGAGCAUGUCAGCUUCAAGAUUUAUUGGUCCAUUUCUAACUAAUGUUCAAAACUGGGAAAAAUCUUUGUCACAUAUUUCUGAGGUUUUGGAAGUGUGGAUGAUUGUUCAACGCAAGUGGAUGUACUUAGAGGGUAUUUUCAUUGGAGGAGAUAUCCGUUCUCAGUUGCCAGAAGAGGCCAAAAAGUUUGAUCAGAUUGAUAAAACAUUUAAAAAGAUCAUGGGAGAUACAUAUAAAACUCCUCUCAUCAAACUUUCUUGCCAUGCACCCAAUAGGCUUCAAGACUUGCAGGGCUUGAGUUUAGGUCUAGAAAAAUGUCAGAAAUCAUUGAAUGAUUACCUUGAUUCCAAACGUAAUGCCUUCCCACGAUUCUUCUUUAUUUCUGAUGAUGAGCUGCUGAGCAUCCUGGGAUCUUCAGAUCCUGAAUGUGUCCAGGAGCACAUGAUCAAAAUGUUUGAUAACAUAGCAGCUCUCAAGUUUCAGAAAGGUCCAACCAAUGAAAUGCUAGCAACUGGAAUGGUGUCUGCUGAAAAAGAGGAAAUGGACUUCCGAACCAAUGUGACUGCCGAUGGUCGAGUUGAAGAUUGGAUGACAUCAGUUCUGGCAGAAAUGAGAUCUACAAACCGUCUUAUUACAAAAGAGGCAAUCUUUUAUUACAGCUACAAAAAGAGCAGAGUUGAUUGGAUGUUGGACUAUCAAGGCAUGGUCUGUCUGGCUGGUAACCAAGUUUGGUGGACAUGGGAAGUUGAAGAUGUCUUCCGCAAAGUGAAGAAAGGAAUUAAAACAGCCAUGAAAGAAUAUGCUAAAAAGCUGCACAAACAGAUUGAUGAUCUUGUUGUGAAGGUGAGGUCUCCUUUAUCUAAAAAUGACAGAUCCAAGUUUAACUCAGUGCUAAUUAUUGAUGUCCAUGCCAGGGAUAUUAUUGACUGCUUUGUUAGAGACAGCAUAAUGGAUUCACGUGAAUUUGAAUGGGAGUCACAACUAAGGUUUUACUGGGAAAAGGAACCUGAUCAACUUGUCAUCCGCCAAUGUACCGGAGAGUUUGGUUAUGGCUAUGAGUACAUGGGUCUGAAUGGUAGACUGGUAAUAACACCACUGACAGACCGCAUAUACUUAACUCUCACACAAGCUCUGUCCAUGAAACUUGGAGGAGCUCCUGCCGGACCUGCUGGUACUGGUAAGACAGAAACAACCAAAGAUCUAGCCAAAGCCUUGGGUUUACUUUGUGUUGUGACAAACUGUGGUGAGGGUAUGGACUACAAGGCAGUAGGCAAAAUCUUGUCUGGUCUAUGUCAGUGUGGAGCCUGGGGAUGUUUUGAUGAGUUCAACAGAAUAGAUGUGUCAGUCCUGUCUGUCAUCUCCACACAGUUGAAGACUAUACAGAAUGCACUUGUGCUCAACCUCAAAAAUUUUCAUUUUGAAGGUCAGGAAAUUGACCUUGAUUCUAGAGUGGGGGUUUUCAUUACCAUGAAUCCUGGAUAUGCUGGUCGAACAGAACUACCAGAAUCAGUGAAAGCUCUCUUCAGACCAGUUGUGGUCAUUGUGCCAGACUUACAACAGAUCUGUGAAAUUAUGUUAUUUUCUGAGGGAUUUCUCAUGGCCAAGGUCUUGGCCAAAAAGAUGACUGUGCUCUACAAGCUAGCAAAGGAACAACUGUCCAAACAAUACCACUAUGAUUUUGGUCUUAGGGCCUUGAAAUCUGUACUUGUCAUGGCAGGAGAACUAAAACGAGGCUCUCCAGAUUUAGCAGAGGAUGUGGUACUCAUGAGAGCACUCCGAGACAUGAACCUUCCUAAAUUUGUGUUUGAAGAUGUGCCUCUCUUCUUGGGCCUCAUCUCUGACCUGUUCCCAGGCUUGGAUUGUCCCAGAGUUAGGUAUCCAAAUUUUAAUGAUGCAGUGGAGCAAGUUCUUCAAGACAAUGGCUAUGUCUUAUUGCCACAUCAGGUUGACAAAGUAGUUCAGAUGUAUGAGACCAUGCUUACUAGACACACCACUAUGAUAGUUGGACCAACAGGGGGAGGGAAAUCUGUUGUCAUUAACACUCUAGCUCAAGCACAAUCUAGGCUUGGAAUCACAACAAAAUUGUUUGUUAUCAAUCCAAAAGAUAGGUCUGUGAUUGAACUGUAUGGCAUUCUAGACCCAGUCACUCGUGACUGGACAGAUGGUCUUCUAUCCAAUAUUUUCAGAGAUAUUAACAAGCCAACUGACAAGAAUGAGAGGAAAUACAUUGUGUAUGAUGGUGAUGUUGAUGCAUUGUGGGUAGAAAAUAUGAAUUCUGUGAUGGAUGACAACAAGCUGCUAACAUUGGCCAAUGGAGAGAGAAUCAGAUUACAGAAACACUGUGCCAUGUUAUUUGAGGUAUUUGAUCUACAGUAUGCUUCACCAGCCACCAUUUCAAGAUGUGGUAUGGUCUAUGUUGACCCAAAAAAUCUGGGCUACAAACCUUACUGGCAGAAGUGGGUAUCCACAAGGAGCACCAAGCAGGAACAGGAUGACCUCAAUUUGUUGUAUGAGAAGUAUGUGCCUAAUUGUAUUGAUCUAGUCAUUGAAGGCAUCCAAGAUGGCAGACAGGUGGAGAAACUUAAGACCAUAGUACCUUUGACUAAUUUAAACAUGGUGAACCAGUUAAGUCAGAUGCUAAAUGCACUUCUGGUCAAAGAAGUUUCAGAGCCAUUAGAGUUGGAAGCUUUUUUUCUACAAUCUCUAAUCUGGUCAGUGGGAGCUGGCCUUCUGGAAGAUGGAAGAGUUCGAUUUGAUGGCUAUGUCAAGUACUUGGCCUCACUCACCCAAAUCCAAGAGGAAAACAAAUAUGCUGGACCAGGUGAGCUCCCAGGCACCCAAACAUUGUAUGAGUAUUUCUAUGAUGGUGAAGAGAAAAAAUGGAUACCCUGGUCUAAGAUGGUCCCUGUCUACAAGCACAACCCAGAUCUCAAGUUUUAUGAGAUUUUGGUGCCUACUGUAGAUACUGUCAGAGCAACUUGGCUGCUGCAGAUGAUGGUCAGGAUUAAAAGGCCAGUUGUGUUGAUUGGGGAGACAGGAACAUCCAAGACAGCAACCAUUGCAAACUUUUUGAGAACCCUUGACCAAGAACAACACCUUCUCCUGAAUAUGAAUUUUUCCUCUCGUACAACUUCCAUGGAUGUGCAAAGAAAUGUGGAGUCGAAUGUUGAAAAAAGAACUAAAGAUACUUAUGGACCUCCUCCUGGAAAGAGACUUAUCAUUUUCAUUGAUGACAUGAACAUGCCACAGGUUGAUACAUAUGGAACACAGCAACCCAUUGCCUUGUUGAAGCUUUUACUAGAGAGAGGUGGACUGUAUGAUAGAGGCAAAGACUUAAACUGGAAGAACAUGAGAGACAUGGGUUACAUUGCUGCAAUGGGCAAAGCUGGAGGUGGUAGAAAUGAAACAGAUCCUCGAUUUGUUUCUCUCUUCUCGGUCUUCAACAUGACAUUCCCUGAUGUUGAGUCACUGUUUAAAAUUUAUAACUCCAUUUUAGAGGGGCAUCUACAAGCAUUUUCAGCUGAACUACAAGCUUUGUCAUCCAAAAUUACAAACAUGACAAUGGAUUUAUAUAGCCACUCUGUGAAGGAACUGCCACCCACACCUUCCAAAUUUCACUACAUUUUCAACUUGAGAGACUUAUCUCGUAUCUACAAUGGUCUAUGUCUGUCUACACCAGAUAGAUUUUCCAAGGAAGAGCAAUUUGUCAGACUGUGGAGAAAUGAAUGUCACAGAGUCAUCAGUGACAGGCUCAUUAAUGAUCAAGAUAAAGAACUCAUUGCUAAAAAAAUCGUGAGUCUUCUGGAAGACAAUUUUAAAUCUCACUUGGAGUUUGUAAUGAGGGAACCAAUACUGUAUGGUGACUACAGGACUGCAUUAGAUGAAGGUGAACCAAGACUUUAUGAAGAUAUGCAGGAUUAUGAAGCAACCAAGGCUGUCUUCCAAGAGAUUCUUGAAGAGUAUAAUGAGAGUCACACUCCAAUGAAUCUGGUUUUGUUUGAUGAUGCUCUAGAACAUCUUUCUCGGAUCCAUAGAGUAUUAAGAAUGGACAGAGGUCAUGCAUUACUUGUUGGUGUUGGUGGAAGUGGCAAACAAAGUUUGUGCCGCCUGGCAUCUUAUGCUGCUGGCUGUCAGGUUUUUGAGAUAAUGCUGAGCAGAGGAUACAAUGAAAACUCUUUCAGAGAAGAUUUAAAGGUUUUAUAUAACAAACUUGGCACUGAGAACCAGAAGGUGGCUUUUUUAUUUACUGACCAACAUGUUGUAGAGGAAGGUUUUCUGGAGUUAAUCAACAACAUGUUGACAUCAGGCAUGGUACCUGCACUCUAUGCUGAUGAUGAAAAGGAAACUCUUGUAGGCCAGUUAAGAGAUGAAGCCCUCAGAGCUGGUGCUGGACAUGCCAAAGAGAUGAUCUGGCAAUAUUUUAUUAAUAAAUGUGCUAACAAUCUGCACAUUGUCCUUGCCAUGUCACCUGUUGGAGACACACUAAGAACCAGAUGCAGAAAUUUUCCAGGUACUGUGAACAAUGCAAGUAUAGAUUGGUUCUUCCCUUGGCCAGAACAAGCUCUGUAUGCUGUGGCCAGUGUUUUCAUUUCACCAGAAAACCAGCUGAUCCCACAAGAGAAAAGACAAGACAUUGUGUCUCAUGUUGUCAUGGUACAUCAGUCUAUUGGAGUCUACAGCAUAAAAUUUUUACAGAGAUUACGAAGAAAUAACUAUGUCACUCCCAAGAAUUACUUGGAUUUUAUCAACACUUAUGUCAAACUAUUAGAUGAACAAGACAAGUUCAUUCUCAGCCAGUGUGAGCGUCUUCAUGGAGGCUUACAAAAAAUUGCUGAUGCCAGUGAGAUGUUGGCAGUUUUAAAUGAAAAAUUGGCAGUACAAAAAGUGGCAGUUACAGAAAAGACUGCAGCCUGUGAAGCUCUACUGGCUGAAAUAGCUGCAGGAACAAAGGCAGCCACAGAGAAAAAAUCUUUUGCCGAAGCCAAAGGAGAGGAGAUUGCAGAACAGAGCAAAGUUAUUGAAGUGGAGAAAAAAGAUGCUGAGGAUGCAUUGGCUGAAGCAUUACCUGCCCUUGAAGCAGCAAGAUUGGCAUUAGAUGACCUUGACAAGCAAGAUGUCACUGAAAUUAGAUCCUUUGCCAAGCCACCACGUGAAGUACAGACAGUAUGUGAAUGUAUAGUAGUCCUCAAAAAUAUUCGGGAUGUUUCUUGGAAAUCUGCCAGAGGUAUGAUGUCAGAAGCCAACUUUCUCAAGACUCUUAAAGAAAUGGAUGUGGACAAUAUUUCACAAAAGCAGAUGACAACAGUGAAAGGUUUGAUAAAAGACAUAGACUUAACAUUAGAACAGAUGAAGUCAAUUAGUAAAGCUGGUGCAGGUCUGCUUAAGUUUGUUGAAGCUGUGAUGGGAUAUUGUGCUGUGGCUAAAGAAAUCAGGCCAAAGAGAGAAAAAGUUGCCAAACUAGAAAAGAACUUUUUCCAGGCCAAACGUGACCUUGAGAAAGUAACAAAGGAAGUUCAAGCAUUAGAAGAAGAGUUACAAGAACUGAAUAAGAAAUAUGAGCAGGCUAUGACAGAGAAACAGGCUUUGGAAACAGAAGCUAGAAUUAUGGAAAGAAGACUUAUUGCAGCUGAUAAAUUGAUCUCAGGUCUAGGCUCUGAAAAUAUCAGAUGGAGCAAGGACCUGGAGGAAUUGAAAAAGAAAAGAGUGCAGUUGUUGGGUGAUUGUCUCGUUAGCUCAGCCUUUCUCAGUUAUGUUGGAGCAUUUAGUUGGGAGUUCCGUAAUGACCUUGUUUAUAAAGAUUGGGUCAAUGAUUUGAAGGAAAGAAAUGUGCCAUUGAGUGAUCCAUUCAGACUAGAAGAUUUAUUAACUAAUGAUGUUGAAAUCAGCAAGUGGACCUCAGAGAGUCUGCCACCAGAUGAACUGUCUAUACAGAAUGGUAUCCUGACAACCAGAGCCAGUCGAUUCCCAAUGUGUAUUGAUCCACAACAACAGGCUUUGAAUUGGAUCAAGAGAAAGGAGGAAGUCAACAAUCUCAAGGUGUGCACCUUCAAUGAUCCAGACUUCCUAAAACAGCUAGAAUUGGCCAUCAAAUAUGGCUUCCCCUUUUUGUUCCAAGAUGUUGAUGAGUAUAUUGACCCAGUCAUAGAUAAUGUGUUGGAAAAAAAUAUCAAAGGUGGCCAAGGAAGAGAGUUUGUCAUGCUUGGAGACAAAGAAGUGGACUAUGACCCCAACUUCCGUUUGUAUCUGAACACUAAACUGGCUAAUCCCAAAUAUGGUCCAAAUGUCUUUGGCAAGUCAAUGGUCAUCAAUUAUACAGUAACACUUAAGGGCUUAGAAGACCAGCUUCUUAGUGUUAUAGUCAAAUUUGAAAGGAAAGAACUAGAAGAACAAAGAGAAAGACUUAUUAUGGAAACAAGUGUAAAUAAGAAACUUCUUAAAGAUUUAGAAGACUCUCUGCUGAGAGAACUGGCUCAGUCUCAAGGUAAUAUGUUGGACAAUGUGGAGCUGGUGGAGACUCUAGAAGAAACUAAAACAAAAGCUACUGAGGUUUCUGAGAAACUCAAACUUGGAGCCAAGACUGCAAUAGACAUUGAAAAAUUAAGAGACGGCUAUCGCCCUGCUGCUAAGCGAGGAGCCAUUCUGUUUUUCGUCCUUGCCGAAAUGUCUCAAGUAAAUACCAUGUAUCAAUAUUCAUUGGCCUCUUAUCUGGAAGUGUUUGGGCAUUCACUAAAGAAAAGUUUACCUGAUAGCAUCCUCCAGAAGAGACUAAAGAACAUCAUGGACACUUUGACCCACAAUAUCUAUAAUUAUGGCUGCACAGGUAUCUUUGAAAAGCACAAGCUUCUGUUUUCAUUUCAAAUAAAUAUUAAACUUGAACAAGAUAAACAGGCAGUCACACAAGAUGAAUUAGAUUUCUUCAUUAAGGGCAAAGUGGCACUUGAAAAAAGCAAACGCAAGAAACCUUUUUCAUGGUUUCCUGACGAGGGAUGGGAAGACUGUAAUCGUUUGGCAGCAGACUAUCCAGUGUUUAGUUCUCUACUAGAUGAUAUAGAACGAAAUGAGAAAGCUUGGAAAAAGUGGUUUGAUCAUGAUGCUCCAGAAUCCCAGCCAUACCCACUCAAUUAUCAUGAAAGAUUAAGUGAUUUCCAAAGUCUGAUGCUUCUUCGCUGCUUUAGAAUUGACAGAAUUUACAGAGCUGUCACUGAAUAUGUCACUAAAACAAUGGGAGAGAAGUAUGUCACUCCUCCGAUCAUCAGCUUUGAGAACGUUUACGAGCAGAGCACGCCUAUGUCUCCAAUAGUUUUUAUUUUGAGUCCUGGCUCUGAUCCCGCAAGUGAUCUCAUGAAGCUAGCUGACCGGAUAGAGUUCGGAAGUAACAAGUUGAAAUUUCUCUCCAUGGGUCAAGGUCAAGAAAAGGUGGCUCUGCAACUGCUUGAGACAGCCAUCUCACGUGGCCAGUGGCUAAUGCUUCAGAACUGUCAUCUUUUAGUUCGAUGGCUUCGUGAGCUAGACAAGCAGCUUGAGAAGAUGACUAAACCUCAUCCUGACUUCCGUCUUUGGUUGACAACUGAGCCAACUCCAUCUUUCCCUAUAAGUAUACUACAAAGGUCUCUUAAGGUUGUCACAGAACCUCCUAAUGGUCUUAAGUUGAAUAUGAGAAGCACCUACCACAAGAUUUCAGCAACAGCUUUAGCUGACUGUGAACAUGCAGCUUUCUCCUCCCUUGUUUUUACUUUAGCCUUCUUCCAUGCUGUUGUACAGGAAAGAAGAAAGUAUGGAAAGAUUGGCUGGAAUGUUAGUUAUGAUUUCAAUGAAAGUGACUUCAGAGUGUGUAUGCAGAUAUUAAACACAUAUCUAAGUAAAGCAGUGCAGAAUGGAGAAACAAAAAUACCCUGGAACAGCCUCAAGUAUCUAAUAGGAGAGGUGAUGUAUGGAGGUCGUGCAAUAGAUGACUUUGACAGACGUAUACUUCGAACAUACAUGGAUGAGUACAUGGGUGAUUUCAUCUUUGACAAGUUUCAGCCAUUCCAUUUCUAUCAUGAUGAAACUGUAGAUUAUCAUAUUCCUGAAGAUGGCCCAAGAGAUGUCUAUGUUGAUUACAUUGAAAGUUUGCCAUUAGCCAACACCCCAGAAGUGUUUGGCCUACAUCCCAAUGCUGAAAUUGGCUACUACACACAGGCUGCUAGAGACAUGUGGACACAUUUAGUUGAUCUUCAACCACAGACAGGGGACUCAGCCAGUGGUAUCAGUCGAGAAGACUUUAUUGACCAAAUAGCUCAAGAUGUGCUCAACAAGCUACCAGCUGAGUUUGAUCUAGAUAAAAUUAGAAAAAAUCUUGGCAUUGAUAUCAGUCCAACUACUGUUGUAUUACUUCAAGAGUUGGAGAGAUUCAAUUUACUGAUUGGUCGCAUGAGAAGAUCGCUGGUUACAUUGAAAAGGGCCCUUGCUGGAGAGGUGGGAAUGUCUAGUGAACUGGACGAUGUGGCCAGGUCAAUGUUUAAUGGUCAGAUUCCAUCCAUUUGGCGGCGUUUGGCACCGGAUACUUUAAAAUCACUAGGAAAUUGGAUGAUUCACUUUGAGAACAGAUACAAGCAAUACAAUACAUGGGUGAAUGAAGCAGAGCCCCCAGUCAUGUGGUUGUCUGGUCUACAUAUUCCAGAAUCUUAUCUCACAGCUCUUGUUCAAGCAACAUGUCGUAAAAAUGGCUGGCCAUUGGACAAAUCCACAUUAUAUACAUCUGUCACCAAGUAUCCUUCUGCUGAUGAUGUCACAGAGAGAACUACAUCAGGUUGCUUUGUCCAUGGCUUGUACUUGGAAGGUGCUGGGUGGGAUCUUCAAGAAAGUUACCUACUGCCACAAAGACCCAAGCAACUCAUCCAAGAACUUCCUGUACUCAAAAUCAUUCCAAUCGAAUCUCACAGACUAAAGCUUCAGAAUACAUUUCGUACACCAGUAUACACAACAUCACAAAGACGAAAUGCCAUGGGGGUUGGUUUAGUAUUUGAGGCAGAUUUGGCAACACAAGAACAUAUAUCUCACUGGGUGCUGCAAGGAGUUUGUCUCAUACUUAAUACUGAUUAAACAGUUCACCAGUUUUACUUGAUGUCUAGUUGAUGUAGGCUUUCAUGUCAUUUAUAGGCACAGAAAUAAAAAGGUUAAAGUAAAUUAUUUUUCCUUGUAUACAAAAUAUAUAAAACAAUCAGAAUUUUUUGUUGCCAAUUGAGCAAUUUUACUUUGUAUAAGUUUUGUUUUCUUUUCAGGAUAGUAAGUGUCCUUUACUCAAAGGUAAAGCUUUAUUUAUUAAUGUUACUCAUAAUUAGUCUGUACUUAUAUUUCUAAGAGAACCACAGUGUUGUUAUUGUAACAUUCUAUGACAAGGUUUUGUAAUAUUAUUAUAAAAGUGAAAUUAUCUUUUACAUAUUUGCAUGCAUUAGAAUUGUUAAUGUUAAGGUAUCUCAAUAUUACUGUAAGACUAUGUUCAUUCUGCUGAUGUACAUUUGAGUGUCAAUGUUAAAUAUAGUUUUGAUUAUAAGGAUCAAACAUAAUUGUUAAAUAAAUACUAAUAUAAAUCCA